CAAGAGGGCAACUAGUGAUCUACUAUAUACAAUGAUGAAAACCCUUGCACUCCUCGGCCUUGCAUUGGCCUUCUGUUUCUUAUCUGGUUCUCAUGCGGCUCGAAUCACUUUCACAAACAACUGUCCAAGAACUAUUUGGCCAGGAACUCUAACAUCGGAUCAGAAGCCUCAGCUAUCAACUACUGGUUUUGAGUUGGCAUCCAAAGCAUCAAGAUCAAUUGAUGUCCAAGCUCCAUGGAAAGGCCGAUUCUGGGCCCGAACACAAUGCUCCACGAACGCCUCUGGAAAGUUCACAUGUGAAACUGCUGACUGUGGCUCCGGCCAGGUUACAUGCAAUGGCAAUGGUGCAGUCCCGCCAGCGUCUUUGGUAGAAAUUAACAUAGCAGCGAACGGUGGACAAGAUUUCUAUGAUGUUAGCCUUGUAGACGGCUUCAACCUCCCUGUUUCGGUUGCCACACAAGGAGGAACCGGUGACUGUAAGCCCUCAAGUUGCUCGGCAAACGUGAACGCGGUUUGCCCAGCUGAGCUACAAGUGAAAGGGUCUGAUGGGAGCGUGCUUGCUUGCAAGAGCGCAUGCACUGCGUUCAAUAAACCAGAAUAUUGUUGCACCGGCGCUUUCAAUAAACCAGAGACAUGUCCACCCACAAACUACUCUAAGAUCUUCGAGGACCAAUGCCCUCAAGCUUAUAGCUAUGCUUAUGAUGACCAAAACAGCACAUUUACCUGCUUCAAUGCACCCAACUACGUCAUCACUUUUUGCCCUUAAAUUUUCAGAAAGGAAUUAUGCAUUCCUUCUCUCUAUAGUAUAAUAAUUAAGAAAACAAUAAGUGUCUUGGAGUAAGGCACACGCAUGACUGCUGUGUCUGUGUCAAUGUAAUAAACGCUUGAAUGAUAGAUAGCAAGCGAUUAAUACGAACUUUUUCUUAUACCUACUUAUUUGGAUACUUAUGCUUAUGACA